ACUAAUUAUAUGUGUGCAUUUGGUUUGCAGGUAUUCCUUUCAAUGUUGCAAGAAAUCCAUAUUUCAGGAAGGCUUUUCAGUUUGCUUGCAACAACCAACUUGGUGGUUAUACCCCUCCAAAUUUCAACAAAUUAAGAACAACACUUCUUGUUCAAGAGAGGACAAAUGUUGAGCGCUUGCUGAAUGCUCUCAAGUCAACAUGGUCUACUAAAGGUGUGAGUAUUGUAUCUGAUGGAUGGUCUGAUGCUCAAAGGCGACCAAUCUUGAAUUUUCUUGCAGUGACAGAAGAUGGACCAAUGUUUUUAAAAGCAAUCAAUACUGAAGGAGAAAUCAAGAGGAAGGAAUAUAUUGCUGAGAAAAUGUUUGCCAUCAUUGAAGAGGUUGGCCCAAAUAAUGUCGUGCAAGUUAUUACUGAUAAUGCAUCUAAUUGUAGGGCUGCUGGAUUGAUGGUUGAACAAAAGUACAGCCACAUUUUCUGGACACCAUGUGUUGUCCAUACUUUGAACUUAGCCUUGAAGAGUAUAUGUGCUGCCAAAAACUCUAGUGGGGAUGCUUUUCUAGAAUUCCAAUGGAUUAGUGAAGUGGCUACAGAUGCAUCUGCCAUAAAGAAUUUCAUUAUGAAUCACUCAAUGAGGCUCUCCAUGUUCAAUGAUUUUAGUAAGCUGAAAUUUCUUGCCAUUGCUGAUACUAGAUUUGCAUCUACUAUUGUGAUGCUUAAGAGGUUUCGUGCUAUCAAAGAGAACUUAAUCUUGAUGGUGGCUAGUGAAAAAUGGAAUACCUAUAGGGAGGACAAUCAAGUUCAAGCACAACAUGUCAAGGAGAAGAUUUUAAAUGAUUUAUGGUGGGAUAAAGUGAAAUAUAUCAUUGAUUUCUGUGAGCCUAUCUACUCUAUGAUUCGUGCUGCUGACACUGACAAACCAUGCCUCCAUUUGAUCUAUGAGAUGUGGGAUUCCAUGAUAGAUAAGGUGAAAAAAAUCAUCUAUCGUCAUGAAGGGAAAGAACUAGAUGAGCAAUGUUCUUUUUUCUUUCAUGUGAAUGAGAUCUUACACUUCCGGUGGGCAAAAAGUACUACCCCCUUGCAUUGCUUAGCACAUUCACUAAACCCAAAGUAA